UGUUUGUGAGUAAGAGAGUGAGUAAAGCUUAGUGUGUGUGUUUUCUUUCUGCCAUAUAUAGGGGCAAACUUGCCUCGAGACGAGGUUGUGUGUUAUAUAGUCUGUGAUCUAUCUGCAAACCUCUCUUUCUUUCUAUCAUUCUUUCUUCUGUACCCUCGGGACUAUAAGGAGCUCUGCAUACUUGGCCUGCUUUAGCCAAAGUUGGAGGAAAAUUAUUGGGCACUUGAUAGAUUAUUUUGUCCCGUUGAUUUCGAAGAUCUGUUCAGUUGCUGGCAAACAUGGAAGGAACGAAUGACGUUCAUGAUGACGGAUCAUUCAUGUUCACCUCAGAGUCUGUGGGAGAAGGGCAUCCAGAUAAAAUCUGUGACCAAAUCAGUGAUGCAGUUCUUGAUGCACACUUGAAGCAGGACCCAGAUGCCAAAGUGGCCUGUGAAACGGUUUGUAAGACUGGUAUGGUACUUCUCUGUGGUGAGAUCACAUCUCGGGCCAACGUUGACUACCAGAAGGUUGUGCGAGACACCAUUAAACACAUUGGUUAUGACAACUCUGAAAAAGGUUUUGACUAUAAAACCUGCAAUGUGCUGGUGGCUCUAGAGCAGCAGUCUCCUGAUAUAGCGCAGGGUGUCCACGUUGACAGACAUGAGGAAGAUAUUGGAGCUGGAGACCAGGGGCUCAUGUUUGGCUACGCCACUGACGAGACGGAGGAGUGCAUGCCACUCACCAUUGUCCUAGCUCACAAACUCAAUGCCAAAAUGGCAGAGUUGCGGCGGGAUGGCACCAUCCCAUGGCUCCGCCCGGACUCAAAAACUCAGGUCACUGUGCACUACAAGCAGGAGAAUGGCGCUGUGAUCCCUUUGCGUGUCCACACGGUGGUCAUCUCCGUCCAACAUGACGACCAUAUUUCACUGGAGGAGCAGCAGCGUAUUCUUAAGGAGAAGGUCAUCAAAGCUGUGGUGCCAGCAAAAUAUCUUGAUGAUAAGACUGUCUACCAUCUGCAGCCAAGUGGACGCUUCAUCAUCGGAGGGCCUCAGGGAGAUGCUGGUGUCACAGGUAGAAAGAUUAUUGUAGACACAUAUGGUGGAUGGGGGGCUCAUGGUGGGGGAGCAUUCUCUGGAAAGGACUACACCAAGGUGGACCGCUCUGCUGCCUAUGCUGCACGCUGGGUGGCUAAAUCUCUGGUGAAAGCCAAACUGUGCAGAAGAGUGUUGGUUCAGGUGUCUUACGCCAUUGGAGUCGCCUACCCUCUCUCAAUCUCCCUUUUCACCUACGGCUCAUCGGAAAAAACAGAGAAGGAGUUGCUACAGAUUGUCAACAAGAACUUUGACCUGCGACCAGGUGUCAUUGUUAGGGACCUGAACCUGAAGAGACCCUUCUACCAGAGCACCGCCUGCUACGGUCAUUUUGGCCGAUCAGAGUUCCCCUGGGAGAUGGCCAAGAGUCUCAAGGUUUAAACCGAGAGGCGCGCGAACCUUACCUUCAGUCAUUCGGUCGCUCUUUCCUCCAGCGCUCCUCUCUCAGCUGAUUUUAGUUCACUUCCUGCAUAUGCUACAUUUCAGAUUAGACCAAUAUGCUGUAAAUGUCAAGAUCGAUCAAUUAAACCCGGCCUUUUGUUUAGAAGUCCAUCGUGAAAGGAUCCCUCACGACCGUUUCACGGCAUCAGCACUCACGACCACCUAUCAUUCCUUAGAGCCAAAGUGCGUCCUAUACCAGCUUAGAAUAGAGAAUAUAGAGAAGACCUUAAGUAAUCAGUUCAUAGUUUGAUUACACGAAAAAGUGUAAGUACUGUGACUCUGUGGUGCUAUCACAACAUUACUCUCAUUACUGGCGCGAGUUUUGGGCGGGAAUAUCUGUUUUUCCGAUCAACGGAGGAGAGCUCGGGAAAACUGCAGUGCAAUUCUGUUUGGUGCCACUAGUGCCUCAGAAAACACAUUUCAGCUUUAUACGUAAAAUUAUUUAAAUCGUUCAGUUUUUGCUACGCUGUAAUUUCUUUUUCAUGAGCCAAAUUAACUAUUUAAUCAGAUUUUCAUCGGGGCUGUGACCAGGCACAGCAGCGUGUUGCGAAGAGUUACACUAAGCAUAUUGUGGACCAUUGGGGGCUUUAGGUUUUAUACGUUAUACAAUCUGAUUAACAUAUUCCUUGCAUCAUAUAUUUACAGUCUUAAAAGGGUCUAAUUUGUGUGCCUUUUUCUUGCAUCAUAAGAAAUGUGCUUUUUGUGACUGCUUUAUCUUAUUAAUGUUUGAUAAUGACAGAGGGAUAUGAUGAAUAUUGUUUACGUGUACAGAUCCUGUGCUGGUCUUACAUUAAUUGUCACCCCUGGAGAGUGAGCACGUGUGUAUUGGUAUUUGUGGUUUAUGGGGACACAAAUUUGUUUAAUGACAUGGGUAUGACAGAUGUAUUAAAAUUUGAAGGUGGUUUAUGAGGACACUGCCAACUUCCCCAUAAUUCAACGGCUUAAAAAUCAUAAUAAAUGUUGUUGUUUUUUUGGGAAAAACUGCAUGAAAUCUCCUGUAAGGGGUAGGUUUAGGUGUAAGGUCGGUGGAGUGCAAUAGCACAUACAGUUUUUACAGUAUAAAAACCAUUACGCCUAUGGAGAGUCCUCAUAAACCACAAAUGCCAACAUGUGUGUGUGUGUACUUCAGUUAUGAACAAAGCCAGAUUACGUUGCACACUCGUGUGUAAAAGCCACUCUUUUGUUUUCUUUAGACGUCUGGGAGUUCAACAGAGGCAUUAACCCCUAAAAACACCAUAAACCAUCUUCUUCUUACCGUUUUCUUUCAGAUUUUCAUCUUUUGUCUUAAAGAUUGAAUUAAGAAUUUGACAUGUAAAUAAUUGUGAAUAAUUAAAGUGUGGAAAAUUCUUCAUA